AUGGAUAACGAGCAGAACCAGCUACAAGACGAGGGCCCAGCGCCCCAGAUCUUCGAGCGCAGCGUCCAGGACCACCAGCAGCAGUUCCACCAGCCCGGUGCGGUGCCCGAACGGCCCGGCGCGGCGUCGCGCGCCGGGUCGUUUGCGGGCUCCUUCACGGGCUCCUUUGUUGGAGGGUCUGGAAGACGCACGUCGCGGCCUGGAUCGCACCGUGGCUCCGUGUCUAUGGCCCCUGCGCACCACACGCUCGAGGAUCUCGUUGCCCCGGCGUUAGACGCAUCUGCGACGCUCGUGACAGACUCGCAAACGGACCUCGACAACGUGGAGAUGAUCUACUCGGACCGAAACUCGACCCUGGGUCUGGACCGCGCGCUAGGCCGCACGCGCACAAACUCGAACUAUAAUUUGCCCCAGCUGUCGCGCGCCAAUAGUAACGCCAGCGCAGCCAGCAUGGCAAGCGUCAAUUCGAACGCCAGUGGAGUCAGUAAUUGCAGCAACUGCACUUCCACGGCCUCAGAUCGGCCUCGCAUCUUGCGUUUCUACUCGUACGCAGACAUGAUCUCGGACGAAAACGCCCAGUGUAGACGGCCCUCGGUCUCCCACUCGGCGUCCAGCACACUGCUACGUGGGCAGUCACCUCAGCCGUCGUUCACCAAUCCGUUCCACGGUGCUGCAAACCGCCGUGCCUCGGGCUCGUCGCCCUCGGCAGGGCUCGCAGCGCCUCCUCUACGCAGCAGUGCUGGCGCACCGUUAAGAAACUCGUCGCGAUCGCCCUCAACGCGAGUUUCGUCGCCAACAUUUGCUCCCGUCGCACCACGUUCUAAGAACAAAUUCACGCUUGAAAGCAGCGGCAGUGAUUGCUCUACAAGCGAGGGCGAAAAUGACGACGAAUCAGACCACGAAAUGGCAACUUCGCCAAGCUCGCGCUCCACCAUCUACAACUCUGCCAAUCCGCCAAGCUCACAAACCUUAUACAAUACCGUGACAGGGCCACGUUUGACGAGAACAACGACCCAAAACAGUUUCAACAAAGCGCGCCCCACUUAUAAAACGCGCACGUAUUCCAGCGCAAGUUCAGUCUCACCGUUUCUCAACGCCAACCGCGCGCUGCUCACGCACCCGGGGCCUGCACAAAACAUGAACGACGUGUUGUUUGACGACGGAUUGCAAAUCAACACGGUGAGUGACGUGCUACGGAAAAAAAUCAGUAAUGCCGAUGAAUUGUGA